AUGGCCAUUCGCCCCAUUUCAGACGCUGCGGCCGAAAAGGCGGCGGCAUCCAUUCAUCAGCCCAGAGACCCCAAUACCUUGUCUAAUUACAAUGCCUGGAAAACCAAACACACCACCGCCAACUUCGAAAUUGACUUUGAGGCGAAGAAACUAAAGGGCAGCGUGGAGCUGACGCUCAAGAAGCUUGCUGAUCACGAGCCCAAGAUUGUGCUCGAUACAAGCUUCCUCAACAUCUCCAGCGUCCAUGUCGAUGGGCACAAGGCCGAGUUCUCGGUCAACGGAUCCCGCAUAGAGCCGUAUGGCAGCCCGCUGACCAUCCGGGUUGACGAUGCGGCCACCAAACACGAGGUGAAAGUCAAGAUCCAUGUCGAAACCACCAAAGAUUGCACAGCUCUGCAAUGGUUGACCCCAGCUCAAACCUCGAACAAAAAGCAUCCCUACAUGUUCUCUCAAUGCCAAGCCAUUCACGCCCGCUCGCUGUUCCCGUGCCAGGACACGCCGGACGUCAAAUCCACGUACACGUUCAACCUGCGCUCCGCUCUGCCCGUCUUGGCUUCGGGCCUUUCCACAGGCUCCAGAGACUUCGAGCCUGGCACGAAGGGGAAGUCGGGUACUUUGCUGUACACCUUCCAUCAGGAAAUCCCCAUGCCUUCUUACCUCUUCGCCGUGUCUUCCGGCGACCUCGCAGCCGCGUCGGUGGGUCCCCGAUCUACCGUUUGGACUGGGCCGGAAGAACUCACGGCCUGUCAAUGGGAGUUCGAGGACGAUGUGGAGACCUUCAUCCAAGCCGCCGAGAAGAUUGUAUAUCCUUAUGCCUGGACUACCUACAACGUCCUGGUGCUUCCUCCCAGCUUCCCCUACGGUGGAAUGGAAAACCCAGUGUACACGUUUGCAACCCCAACUCUGAUUUCUGGCGACCGCCAAAAUGUGGACGUGAUUGCACAUGAGCUGGCGCACUCAUGGUCCGGGAAUCUGGUGUCGAAUGCUUCGUGGGAGCACUUUUGGCUCAAUGAGGGCUGGACGGUCUACCUUGAACGCCGUAUUCAGGCUUCCGUACUGGGCGGCGACCAACACCGUGACUUUAGCGCAAUCAUUGGAUGGAAAGCGCUGAGCGACAGCAUUGCCCAGUUUGGAGAGGACCACGAAUUCACCAAGAUGAUUCCGAAUCUCAAAGGUCAAGAUCCGGAUGACGCCUUCUCCUCCGUGCCCUAUGAGAAGGGCUUUGUUUUCCUCUACCACCUGGAGAAGCUCGUCGGCCUGGACAAAUGGGACAAAUUCAUCCCGCAUUACUUCAACGAAUACAAGAAACGGAGCGUGGACAGCUACGAAUUCAAAGCGACACUGCUGUCGUUCUUCGAACCUGACGCCGAGGCUUCGAAGCAGCUGGCCACGGUGGACUGGGACAAAUGGUUCUACACCCCUGGCUUUCCGCCGAGGCCGGACUUCGACACCACGCUCGCAGACGAAUGCUACGACCUUGCGAACAAAUGGGAGGCGCUGAAUGGCGGUGCAAAGGAGUUCAAGCCUAGUGCGGCCGACAUCAAGUCCUUCAGCGCCAACCAGUCCGUUGUCUUCCUCGAGCGCGUCCAAUCCUUCUCUCAUCCCCUCUCUCCUGACCUCGUUGACCUGAUGGGGAGCACAUACGCCUACUCCAGCUCGCACAAUGUAGAGCUCGUGUCCCGAUUUUACGUUGUCGGUCUGCAGGCGGGAGCGAAGAGUGUGUACCAGCCGACCGCAGAGCUGCUGGGCACGGUGGGCAGAAUGAAGUUCGUUCGGCCGUUGUACAAGGAGUUGCUGAAGCGGGAUGCUGAGCUAGCGAGGCGGACUCUGGAGAAGAAUCGGGACUUUUACCACCCAAUUUGCCGCGGGAUGGUGGAGAAGAUGUUUGAGAGGCAAGCGGGAAAGUAG